GAAGGCACGCCAAGCCCAAGGCCGGACCGACCCGCCCCCCUAAAAUCCCAAUCCCUUCUCCCGUCCCUCUUCCCUUCUCCAUCCCAUCCCCUUCCUCAACGAGCGAACGAAUCCAAUCCCCCUCGCCCACGCAUCUCGCCCCGCCCUGCCCCCCCUCCCCUUUCCCUUCCCCCGCAAGCAACGACGGGCGGAGAGCGGCGCGGGGAUCGACGUCCGGCGGCGGCGAUGAGGUCGACGGACUCCUCGUCGCGGUUCGUGCAGGAGCUGGUGCUGUACGCGGCGAGCGCGGCGCUCAGCUGCCUCGUCCUCUUCGCCGGCCUCCGCCAGCUCGACCCCAACCGCGAGUCCUCCAAGAAGGCGCUCCAGCACAAGAAGGAGAUCGCCAAGCGCCUCGGCAGGCCCCUCAUCUCCACCACCCCCUACGAGGAUGUGAUUGCGUGCGACGUCAUCAACCCCGACGAGAUCGACGUCGAGUUCGAGUCCGUCGGCGGCCUCGACGAGGUCAAGCAGGCGCUCUACGAGCUCGUCAUCCUGCCCCUGCGCCGCCCGGAGCUCUUCGUCUACGGCAAGCUCCUCAGCCCUCAGAAGGGGGUGCUCCUCUACGGCCCGCCCGGGACCGGCAAGACCAUGCUGGCCAAGGCCAUCGCCAAGGAGUCGGGCGCCGUCUUCAUCAACGUCAGGAUAUCCAAUCUCAUGAGCAAGUGGUUCGGCGACGCCCAGAAGCUCGUGUCUGCCGUGUUUAGUCUCGCCAACAAGCUCCAGCCCGCCAUUAUCUUCAUCGACGAGGUUGAUAGUUUCUUGGGACAGCGCCGGAACACAGACCAUGAAGCUUUGACUAAUAUGAAGACAGAGUUCAUGUCUCUAUGGGACGGUUUCACCACCGAUCAGAAUGCUCGUGUGAUGGUGCUUGCUGCUACAAACAGACCUUCUGAGCUAGAUGAGGCCAUCCUCAGGCGCUUCACGCAGAUAUUUGAAAUUGGGGUUCCUUCUCGCAGUGAAAGAAGCAAGAUACUUGAGGUUAUAUUGAAGGGAGAAAAUAUCGAGUCUAACAUUGAUUACGAUUACAUUGCCAGUUUAUGUGAGGGCUUUACUGGGUCAGACAUCCUAGAACUGUGCAAGCAGGCUGCAUUCUAUCCUAUCAGGGAGAUUUUGAACAGCGAGAAAGAUGGGACAAGAGCCAAUAGUCCAAGACCCUUGAGGCAAUCGGACCUGGAGAAAGCUUUGUCAACAUCUAGAAAGGGAAAGAAGGCCGCAAGCAGUGCGGCGUCAGGUCUCCAGUCGCCUGAGUGGAUCCGGCCGUCGGAUCCUGAAGAUGACCAGGUACAGAGCGCAAUCUUUGAGAUAUCUAAGCUGAUGUCUCGAAUAGUUCAGAACAGUCAGUCGGAACCGCAGGAGCCGUCUUCACCUUAAUCUAAAAACAGAAGGUUUUCCUUUUGCUAGAUCUCUGAAAAACCCGCAGUGGAGUAAGCGCUGGCAUUACCUACCUAGAUUCAGCAUAUGUAUUGGUUCGGUCGGUUAGCGUCGUGGGGCCGCUCUCUGGUUUUUGAAGUUUAUUGCAGCUGGCAAAGCCCCGCACUGAUGUUUUGAGUCCCAUCGUUCUCUGUGUGGAAAAUUCAGAAUCCUAAUAGUUCUGUGGAACACUUGUUCUGGUCUGCUCAUCUUGUAAUUUUCGUUUUGGAACUUGACUAUUGUAGGGUAGACAGACUCCUAUACAUACUGAAGAAAUGUGCCCUUCCAUCACCAUUCCAUUCCAUGGUUCAAUCAUACCAUUCGUUCUUUUCAUA